AUGGGAUUUUCGAACAGAAAAAACUUGCGGGAGAAGGAUGUGAGAGCAGGUCGUACCCUCUUUCCUUCCUGGACUCCUCUUGGGUUGAACUUGUGGGGGACAAAAGAAAACAUCAAAAGUUGGUGCAACGGCUCACAGUGCCAGGGAAAUAAUGACAAUUCUGAAACAAGUGAUUCUGCGAAGCGCCCAAUGGCUAACCUGCACCCCUUUUGUGGUGUAAGUUUGGUUGUGAUUCUUUACCGAAAAGUAUGGGCUAGGCUUUCGAUGCAGUGGAAGAACACCUUUACACCCGCCUUCGGAUUUCGUCUGGGAGAGAAGAUAGCCUGCAAAGUCAGCGAUGGACGUUGGCUAAUGAUCCUUUUCCCAAAGGUCGGGCAGUCUUAUUUCAAAAAGAUUCGUUCACGUCACGUGCGGGACUUUAAAUUCGCAAACAAGUCGGAGGAUACGUUGAUACUACAAUUUCUGGAAGCUGGUUCCCGCAAGACUCGGACAUGACCGCUGAUCUCUGCUACAAUCGAACCACCAUCGAACAUCACCUGGGAAAAGCUGGUAAUUUAAAGUUGGAUAUAACAUGCUUUGUAACGAACUUCAACUAUCAUUCCCCCACCUGCUCUAAUUUCUCCCGACGGGCCAGAGUUGAAAGGAAGAACAUUCCGUAUGGUGGGAUGUGAAGGUGGCGUGUUGUACGAGCUCCUUCCUCCCUAUACCAUCAACUCUGUCUUUUCCAACAGGUAAGGAGUUUUUAACGGUUCGACCGGGUGAUGGUAAAAUGAUGUUCCUCUACGAGGACAUUUGUCCACCUAUCUCAAGGAUAACCUUGCACAAACUCUGCCGCUGUCACCACACUCCCCGAACUUCGCUUCAUCGGUCGACUAACUUUUCUUCACCCUGUAGAAGUGAUUCAGAGGGAGAUUCCGGCAACCAGAACACCUCCAAUACUACUUGCUCCAAUACUUGGAGACUUAACCCUCAUCGUUUUACCACGGCGGUGAUUUCCUGGCUGGAAGGUGGAGACCUGUAAUGGAACAAUGGUGC